AUACAAGAGCGGUAGAAUAACAAAAAUCUUUGUUGUGAGUUCUGUAUAUGUACUUAUGACGUCAAAGGAAAUAGCAAACAAAUUUGCCUAUUAUAAAGUCAUACGCAAGGUUAACAGCCUAAGAGGAAUGUGGGCACGAAGAUUAACCUAGGAGAGGUAUAAACAUCGGUGCUGGGGUCAUAACAAUGUGCACGAAUGAGACUUCGGUCUUUCCUGAGCUGAAAAUUGGGGUUGAACAUUGAGGCAAAGCUUCGCUUGAAGGGUAAAAUAGUGCUCCUCUUACGAGGGAAUCUGCUAUCAAGGUAGGUAGACGAGGGAAGUUGAGUGAAUACUUUUCCUAAUAGGGAAACACUUUGCCUAUAAUAGUACUUGAUAGCGGUAGAUAAUAAACCUGAGAUUUUCGCAGCUGCAUCUCACGACGCAGCGAGCCGAACAUUUUUUUUUAACAUUUAACAACUCUUCAGUAUAGCAUAUUUGAAAGACUGUUUCAGCCUCGUCGUCGCCGUGUUGCCAUCCUACACGAGUACGGUGUUUAUCUGACAGUGGUGCAUAAACGAUCAUUUACGGUAUUUUUAACGGCGUUUCGAGGAUUUUAAAACCACAAAGAGAAACGAGGAGGUGGCAAGCCGGCAAUGAUGAUUGAGACACAAGAGGAAUGUUCCGAAAGGAGGGAUGCCGCUGACGAAAGCCUGAAGAAAGCUAGACAGCUGACAAAUGAAGCAAUAAGUAUGACUAGAGUGAAAUCGUCAACCAACGAGGAGUUAAAUAAGAAGAUUGGCGAUGUUUUAGACAUUCUUGCCUUGCCUGCUAAAUGGUACCAGCAAGGGAAGAUCGACCCAGCGGCAAUAAUCAAGGGGCUCGACAGGGAAAUCGAGGAGAGAAGCCACGUAGUAAAUUCACCAAUCUUCCCACACAAAGCUAGCGCUGUGGAGCUUGCUAUUGAAGCCAGUGGAGGACGAGUUCUCAAUGCAGUGUACUACUCCGAGUACAAGUCCCCACAACCAGUAGGCCAGCCGAUCUUGCAGCCACCGACUUGCGUGAAAAUGUUUGAGCCGAGCAUUCAUCUGCAAGAAAGAUUUAUGCUGUUCAACAAGGGAGGAGCCGCUGCUAAGUUCAUAUCGAAGAUGGAGUCGACAAGUAGCAAUACUGGAUUUGCUGUGAAAGGUGUGUCCUUUCUGGCAGAAGUUGAGAGUUCUUUCGGAAUCCGUCGUGAAAGUUCCAGCGAAUACAACAUGAGAUCUACCUGCGACAACCUCUCAGUCCUGAAAUAUGAAGCUAUUACAAAGAAAGAAUUCCAAAUUGAAGAAGAUAAGAUGAGAUUGACCGAGCCAGUGCAAAGACAUGCAUUGAACAUUGGAAAGACGGGAAGGCAUGCGGAUGAUGCCCGGUCUUUCAUGCGAGUAUAUGGCAGCCAUUACCCGAUCGGAGUUCAUAAACUGGGUGGAAUAUUCUACAGUAUCGCAGACGCUGAAAGUUAUACCAGGAUCGAAACAACCCAAUUCGCUAGGGAAACGGUCAUCAAACUGGAAAGUCAAAUUUCCGCUGGCUACCUGGGUGCAGGCUUUGAGGCAAAAGGGAAUGUGUCUGACUCAUCGAGGGAAGCCGAGGAAGGUGAGCAACAGGAAGAAAGUGUCUUCUAUCGAUUUUCAAAGCAGGUGAUCGGGCCAGGGGCGUCCAAUCCCCAGACCUUUCGCCAGCUUUUGGAGUAUAACUCGACCUGGGCUAUUAUCGACCGUGGGCCACCGGAGGGUUACGUACCAGUGUGGCAACUGCUACGCAUAGCGGGUAAGGAGUAUCAAACCGCCGCUGAAACACUCAGGCAAAUUUGGGAAGAAGAUGAAGAAGAGAGAAAAAGGAUCUGGGAUAUGAAAAUCAGGAGAGAAAGAGAUGAAAGGGAUAUGCAUCAAGUAAAGAAAGAUCUGCUGAAAAUAAGAGAGGAAUUUCUUGGAAGGCGUUAUCGAAUUGGCAAGAGUUACAGACCCGUUAACGCCAAGCUGAAGAUCGAAAAGGAUUGGUUGGAACAUAAAGAUGCCUAUGAUCAAGCUAUAGACUUCAUCAUGGAAGAUCCAGACUGUCGCAUUUGCAACAUAGUAUAUUGUUGGCAUAUUUGUGGAGGCGGCUACUCGCUGAUGUGUUGGGAGGUCACACGAGAAACCAAGUCCCUCCAAUUCGAUAGGAUAUCAGGAGGGCACGUACUGUUUUUCUCCGAAACUUGCUUCCUGUGGAAAGAUGACGUUCCGCUGCGUGGAUAACUGCAAAGACGAUUUCAGCAAUCACUUUACAUUUUUCUUUGUAACUCGAUACAUUUUCUCGCAUAAUCAGUAAGGCGUUUUUUUAAAGGGGAUUCUAUUACAUUACGUGCACAUAUAGUUCAGAGCAUUGCUUGCAGUUAAUAAAUAUUUUCAAUAAAAUUUAGUUAUAUAAAUUCACAAGGUUUUACUCCCUUAUUUCUCCCCUAACUUUUUUACGGACACGUACCGGCCUGAUAUACUCUUCCAGUUGACAUAAACCUUUCCUCGAUACCUUGCGAUUGCUCUAUUACUACCGAUGCAUGCUUAUGUAAAAACUGUAGACAGUCGGUAUAGCAUCUCUAAAUGAUACGUAAACUUUACGGAUUUGUUCAAAUUGUAAUGUAGUUCGUUGUAAAUACGCAAUUCA